AUGGAAGGCACGCGUAGUGGCCGAGGCCGGGGACGUGGGGGUAGACAGCCGACGACUGAACGGGAUACGGGAACUUCAAUACCUGAACCAAAUCCUGAACCCCAAAUCGAUCCCAACAUUCAAGUAGCCGCUGCUAUCCAGCGGAUGACCGAUCUCCUGGCCCAGGUGGUACAACAUCAGGGCCCCAACCCUAAUCCACCAGUCGGCAACCCUGGAAACCCUGGACAUCAUGUCGAGAGUGAGGAUCGAGCUCUCGAACGAUUCCAAAAAUUUUCUCCACCUAAGUUUCUUGGAGGGCCCGACUCGGACGUAGCCGAGCAGUGGCUGGAAAAGAUGAUAGACAUUUUUGCCGCCCUACGUUAUUCCGACGAGAGGCAAGUGACCUUUGCAGUUUUCCAACUCGAAGGGGCCGCUCGCUCUUGGUGGAACAUUAUCCGGACAAAAUGGGAGCGAGAACAGACGCCAAGGACAUGGGCGAACUUUGUCAGGGAAUUUAAUGCCAAGUAUUUUCCGCCAUUGGUUCAGGAGAAAAAGGAAGACGAAUUUAUUCGUCUACGCCAAGGCACGCAAUCGGUGGCCGAAUAUGAGAGCCAAUUCACACGCUUGUCCAAGUUUGCCCCUGAACUUAUUCUGACUGAACAAAGGAGGGCGAGACGCAUCCUUCAAGGGCUUAAUGUAGAAAUUCAAAAGGAUUUGGCCGUAGCCCAAAUUACCACUUUCAGUGAUGCUGUUGAGAAAGCAUUACGAUCCGAGAAUGCAAGGCUUCAAGUAAGGAAUUUCCAAAAUAGAAAGCGUGGAGCUGCUGGGAGUAGCUCAACUCAAGGGGAUAAAGGUGCCCCUCCUAAAUUUGGACGGGGAGCCGGAGGGGGACGGUUUUCGGGUACGGCUAGAGGGGUCCCUCUCGAGGAGGUCAAUCAGGACGAGGCCAGUAAAAGAGCGCCUCACAAGGGAGUUCAGCUACAGUUUCUCGUGGGCCGUGUAACUUUUGUGGGAAACCCAACCACACGGAGGAUGACUGUUGGAGGAAGCAGAAUAAGUGUUUACGCUGCGGAGUGCGGAACACCGGCUUGCCAGUUGUCCGGUCCAGUCACGAGAAGCGAAAGGAAUUACGCAAUAGAAGAUGUACCAGUGGUGAGUGAUUACCUAGAUGUUUUUCCUGACGAGUUAGUAAAUCUACCUCCAGAAAGAGAAAUUGAGUUUGAAAUUAACCUUUUACCUGGGACUUCUCCUAGUUCCAAAACUCCUUACCGAUUGGCACCAGCGGAACUCAAAGAGUUGAAAUUACAGUUGCAAGACCUUCUAGAGCGGGGUUUUAUUCACGAGAGCGGAUCUCCUUGGGGGCACCUGUUCUCUUUGUUAAAAAGAAGACGGACCUUGAGACUGUGUAUUGACUACCGAGGGUUGAACAACGUGACCAUUAAGAAUAAAUACCCACUACUCCACAUUGAUGAGUUAUUCGAUCAAUUGCAAGGUGCGGUGGUCUUCUCAAAAUUAGACCUUCGACAGGGGUAUUACCAACUGUUGAUUAGAAAGGAAGAUGUGCCUAAAACUGCCUUCAAUUCUCGGUAUGGGCAUUACGAAUUUGUCGUGAUGCCUUUUGGCCUAACUAAUGCCCCUGCCGCUUUCAUGGACCUCAUGCAUCAGAUUUUCAAACCCUAUCUCGACCGAUUUGUCGUUGUUUUUAUCGAUGACAUAUUGGUUUAUUCAAAAACCCGGGAGGAGCAUGAACAACAUUUGAAAGAGGUCCUACAAACCCUGAGGGAGCACCAGUUGUAUGCUAAAUUUAGCAAAUGUUAUUACCGGCGAUUUAUUAAAGAUUUUUCGAAACUUGCCAGUCCCUUAACCGAUUUAACAAAGAAGGGUGGACGAUUCCUGUGGGGUGAUAAGUGUGAAACCAGCUUUCAAGAGCUGAAGCGGAGAUUAACUAUAGCCCCUAUCCUGGCCUUACCUAACGGUCCGGACGGUUUCACUGUUUACACUGACGCCUCCAGAGAAGGUUUGGGGUGCGUGUUGAUGCAACACCAAAAUGUGAUAGCUUAUGCUUCUAGAAAACUGAAAACCCAUGAGCAAAACUAUCCCAUUCAUGACCUCGAACUGGCCGCAGUUGUCUUCGCUUUGAAAAAGUGGAGACACUAUCUGUAUGGGGUGACCUUUGAAGUCUAUUCUGACCAUAAGAGCCUCAAAUACCUCUUUUCCCAGAAGGAGUUGAACAUGAGACAGCGCCGGUGGAUGGAAUUCUUGGAGGAUUAUGAUUAUACCAUUAACUACCAUCCGGGCAAGGCUAAUGUGGUAGCGAUGCCCUAA